GCAUAUAUAUAUUCAUGCACUGACACUGAAGACUGAAGUGGAUCAAUUGUCGAGCGGUGUAACUAACCGAACUUACUGUAAAAAAAAGAAAAACAACCUGUUUAUUGCUUUCCCGACAUUUAUGUUUGAAACGCGAGACUCUCAAAGACUGAAUAGAAGUGAUAAAUACCUGUACUUCGAUAAAUUAGAGAGACAAGUAGGAUUAAAAUCAAUUUUAAGCUCUUAACCUUAAAAUUAUAGGUAUAGAGACUUGUAGGUUAUAUUUUGAGUGUAGACUUGAAUCUACUUAGGACAGUUACUUGAUAGGACUGCUGAAAAAGAGAGACCUAAAUCUUCCUAACUUGUUUCAAGGUGAAAUUAAUGCAUUUUGACGUACCAAGAUAUCUGAGGAAUCCACAAAGUCAAACGGAUUGUACAUUCCGUCGCAUCGGUGGAAACCACAGAAUCGAUUUAUCAAUUUGAUCGUAACACAAGUAGUUUAAUGCCAUACACCAAAGAUGAACUUAUUGAGAAUAAGCUUCAUAGGCUUUGUUAUGCCUCUAAUCUUAGUUAAUAUCGCAAACAGCGAAGAAGUGGAAGUAUUUACAAUACAAACAGUAUCUGAGGAUGCUAUCAAUGAAGAAGAAAGUAAGCAGGUUCAUACAGAUGAAACGAAUGAGUCUGCGAACGUAAAUGCCGAUGUUCCAGUAAAUGUCACGGUCUCAACCAAUACUACUAAAGUUAAUUGCUCGUCGGAGAAGAUCUACGGUCCUGUUGAGAUUGUCAAUGCGACUAGACUCAUGGAGCUAUUGAUCUUGGAGCCUGGCCCCUCAAAUCGUUCCAGAAACGACAAAGACGGUAAACAGUUACCAGGAACGUGCGUUCUAGUGUUAUUCUAUGCCCGAUGGUGCGUAUUCAGCAGCCAAGCUGCGCCGCAUUUUAACGCUAUACCUCGCUCGUUUCCCCACGUUAAAGCCGUAGCCAUCGACGCUAUAAAACACCAAAGCGUAAGAAAAUACAUCGCUUUCAGCUUCAAUGCUCAAUACGGAAUAGUUGGGGUGCCGACGCUGAUGCUGGUUCACAACGGCAAGCCUGUCGCCAAAUUCAACGACACGACCUAUACCCUGGAGUCGUUCGCCAAGUUCGUGUCUCAUCUGACGAACCUGCAGCCGAACGGCUCGCUGUACGUUACGUCGGCGGACUUUACGGGCCCGGUUUCGAGCACGCCCUCCAACGAGACGGACUAUUGUCUGGUGCUGUCGUGGGUCUUCAUAGUUGCCUGCGCGCUGUACUUCACAUCGCGUAGCAGAUGGUGGCAACAGUUCGUUGAGCUUAUUCAGAAUACCUGGCUCGAGAGUAACGAAGAGCACGAGCAUGCUGAUUGAGAAAGGCAGACUAAUUGCUGAAUUAUUUAUUCAUUUUGUAAACUUGUAAAUAGGAAGAAGGAAAAUAAAUAUAUACAUAUAUAAAUGAGGAUAAGGGAAAUUCCAAGAAUUCGUUUAAAUUUAAGUUACUUUAAUUACUGCCAAAUUUACUGCUUGCUUUAUUUAUUACUAAAAGACUAACUGCAAGUUUAAUGAUUACUCGAAAUCGGAAUUAGUGCUCAUGAGUGAAAAAUAUCAACAUUGACCCGAUUGACCGACACUGAUGAGUUUCAUAUAUUCUAAUUUUCUUCCUUUAUUUGUAUACACGUUUAAGCUAAAGUGUAAGUUUAAUGUUAAUAAAAUUGUUUGGUCAUUCUA